AUGUUAUGGUAAAUGAAAAAGUUGGACUUUUAACAAAAGUAUCGUUUCAAAUAUAUUAUUAUAUUUGUAUGUAUCAAAUUAUGCUGCUCUAAUCAAACAGUAAUUCGUUAAAUCAUCACUUUUUAGGUUGUUUUUGGUAUUUUCAAAGAGAGAAAUUUCAACAAUUUCAUUCAUAGAAGGAGAUGUUUCUCUAAUUAUGGAACUGACAAUCAUAUAUAUUUUGGAUUAUUCUAUUUUGUAUUCCUGGCUUUGGAUUUUCUUUAUUUUUUGUAAUGUAUAUGAAUAGGGAACAACUCGAUAAAAUUAAGUUAAGAAAACCAAUAGGUUAUUUAUUUAAUGAAUAUAAUUCAAAAAGUUAUGAUUGGGAAUAAAUUAAAUUAUCAAAAAAAUUAUCAUAAUCAUUUGACAUUUUUGAAAGCGAUGUAUUGUUGAUGGCUUCGCUGCUUGGACUAUGUUUGCUUUUCUACUAAUUAUUAGCAGUAAAAUAAAAGCCUUAUAUCAUAUAAAAUUUGAACUUUUUAGAUAUUCUAACAGAAUAAAUUUGCUCUCUAUCUAUAUUUAUUAGUGCAGUCAAAUAUCUAUCAGAAAAGGAAAUGUUACAGCAUUAUCAAUUCUCCUUUAAUUUUUUAUCAUUUCGUUAAUUAGUAAAAAUAACUGAUGUUGAAAUGAAUAAGCUAGCAAGUCCUUGA